AUGUCGGAUCUUAUACGAACUCCAUGGUUAGCGGGAAGUGUGCACAAGUCUUUGGCCGCAUGGCUGACAAAGAAGCGGUCUGUCCAACCGCCUCGGGAAUACAGCAUUUCCCCUGACGGAGACCUCUUAUUACAGGGCACAAAAAAGGGUGUUUUGCAGUUAACUAGAGUAAGCGCUGAAGCUUCUAUACCCCUGAUUGGCCCUCUCCCUCUUUGUUCCGCACCGUGUCUGACCUGUGUUUAGUUCUUAACCUAUGAGGAUCCUCUUACUGCACAAUUGUCGGACAAAUACCAUUUUAUCGGUUGCGAGUUUUCUCCCACUUGUAGGUCACAGUUUGAAGCGGAGCACGGAAAAGAUCUCUUGAACAUCAGGGGAGCUUUAAUCCAAUUACAGAAGUAUGAAAUACGAUUUGUUGGCUCGGACGGAUCUCUCUCUGAGAAGGGUAUCACCUUUGGGGAACAGUCGGGAACUAGGGGGGCUCGCGCUAGUGGAACUCACGGGUCGUCUGCUCGGCCCUCAAAGGACCACUCUCGGCAAAUACCAGUACCGGUUUUUGUCGUCCAAGGAUUUGCGUUGCUUGCAUCUGAGGGUGAGAGUAUAUGGGGAGCGCCAAAGGCCGUAGAGGCGAAUUCCGGGCUCGCUACUUUGCUGGCGGAACUCCCAACAAGGGGGAGAAUUCCGGUCGCGAGUGGGGGCGGCGGUAGAGAGAAGGAACUGCGCCAACCGGUGCAGCGAGUUUCGGGCACGGCUACGGGUGGUAGGGAAGUCGCCGGAGGCCGGGAUGAUGAGAAUGACGACGAUGAGGAUGAAGAUUCGCAGCCGUUUGCUACUCAGGCUCCGAAUAGGUUUUCUUCAACUUUUGACGAUUUUGACUUUGGAACCCGGUCCCAAUUUCGGGCGCGAGCUCCAACCGGCUCACAGCUAUCGGGUGAUUCUUUGCCAUCCUCGCUUCGUGUACCGUGGAAGAACUCUCGCCCUUUAAAACGUAAGGAGGUAAGCUUUGAAGUUCAACUCGAAAAGCCUGCCAUCCAGCCUAAAGUUCGGCCAACGGCAAAGCUACAAGAGAGCCACAAUAGCGGCAUAUUUGGCCAUAACAGUCUGAACGGCUCGCUUGUGUUGCACCCAGGUUGGCAAGGUAUGGUGGGGGUUACAAAGGAGGAUUCAACUGUUCCUGAGGACCAGGAAAUGGAGCUUGAAAAAGAAACGGGUAAGUGCGCUAUCACCUGCCUCACGAUUCGUUGGAUAUUAAUCUUUGGUUUUUACCGCAUGAUUUGCUGUCGCAUCUGCUAACAAUUAUCACAGCGUGGUAUCCCCCUCAACCCGAGGUCGAAAACCCUCGUAGCUCUCGGGCCUAUAAUAUGCCGAAGAACCAAUCCACCCCGGGGAAGCAUCAACCCCAUCGCAUUUUGCCUAGGAAACAUACUGCUAGAAAGACAUGUGUAACUCGGAAAAAGCGUUCUCCCGAUCCGGUUGAAUCAGAAGGUGUGGAGAGUAGUGUUUCUUGGCCUUCAAGCCCAGAAUAUCAAGAUCCUAGAUUUACAGGCCGCGAUAUUACUGGGACACCACCUCACAACAGCAUGAUGUUUCCCGUGCUGAAUCUGGGCUCCUCAGCGACUCAAGCCCCUGGGAGAAGAGGUGGCGAUUCUGUUAAAACACGAGUAGGGUCGGGGGAUAGUCCCGCUCUGCCAAAGAAUGGGGGCUCCCGGCGACUUGCAUCGGAUAAAAACUCCAACAAGCGCGGAAAGGCUUCUGGUAGUCAGGCUUUGGGCAAGGAUGACUCACCUAGUUUUAGUCCUGGACCGACAAAGCGGGUAACCCGUGGCGCUAAUGGUAUCAGUAAGAGAUUGUUGCCUGAUCCUACAAACUCGGUAGUAUUUUCAUGGCUAUUUGACACUCGCAUGCUGAUCCCUGUUAGGUGUUUCAACGGCCGAGGAGACGACCCAGGCUAAAAAAACCCAGUUAUGACUCCGCAGACGAUCUUGAGGAUUCCGAAGAGGUUGGCUGUUCUGAUCAGUCUAGUGGAUCUCGGGCUCGGGAGUUUAGUGUUGAACCUCCUGUUCCCGUUAUAGACCCUCAUGGCCGCACACGAGUUGCGAAAUAUGGCAUCUUGGGCGCGCAGCAGGUUGAACUUUGGGAUAGAGAUAGAAGGUUGGCCAAGCGGUCUGAUGCUCGAAGCGAUUCUGUCAGCGGAGAUAAUAGCUUUAGUGACACCUCGAUUCCAGAUCUGGAUAAUUUGGAAGAUUUGGGAACUUUUAAAUCUAAUAGUGAGAGUGGUACGGAAGAGAGGUUCUCCAAAUCAAUUAACAAUCAUUGUCGCGAGGAGGGCUUGCGCUCUACCUCUUGCGAUGUGCCCCCAUCGCUAGAGUCUAACCCGCUGCAGCCACUUCUCUUGUCCGAUCGUGACGGCAACACUGUUGGGGGAAAACCUGCUUGCCGCGGUCUUAAAGGGGAUUCCGAAUCCUUUAAACGCUUAUUGGAGACGGGGCACGACGAAGAACUGGGCAUGAGCGGCGAUGAGAAUGACGUACCCCAACAACAAUCCCUGCCCCCUUCCCAGAUUUCUUUUGCAAUGACUUCAUCUACCACGAAGCGGGAGGCUGGCCAGAAGGAGGUUGUACCGAGUCGAGAAUUGCCAGCUCAUCCUACCAAUCCAUCCUUUGAUCAGAAACCGGAUAAGGGGAAACAUCUCUUAAGAUUGGAGGAGGAGGGUGUUCUGCGAAAUGGCUCCGGAUCGGCUGCUGGCAAGCAGGUAUCCUUGGAUGCUGAGGUAUGCAAUCUACAGUUUAACCAACCCAAACGUGACUUGAAGGAGAUGUGUUAUUUGUCUCCUAUACCUGCCGCCACCGUUCAGGUCAAAGAGACGUCGUACCGUGGAGAGGGUCUAUCUUUCUCGGCUCGGGAACGCGCAGUGUAUACGAACGAUGACUCUGACCAGGAAGGCAUACCUGGCACCGGAGAUCCACCCAGUACCGUUCAGGUGCCAGACUCGUCGCAGGACCAGCUUUUGCGGGAAAAUCAGGCGUAUCGGGGAAACCUCGAAGUCCAAGUUCCCGCAUCUUCCGAUGGGGUCCGGAUGCGGAAAGGGGGUACACCCGCAGCUCUUUCCAAGUUUGUGGAGAGGGUCCCAUCUAGCAGCGAUGAAAUUCAUGGCUCCAAGGAAGCGGAUAUUCCCAAAACAUUGGAGAAGCAUAAAAAAGCGCUUACCGACUCACCAGUGAGCACCCAAUCAACAAAGCGCACAGCAUCCCCUUUUACUCCUGCUCCCAAGAAAGACAAAGUGCCCAAGGCCGCGUUAUCAACUUCGGUCCCCCCAGCAUUGUCUGUGGAAUUAACAAAUCUUGAGUCCCUGCCAACUCUCAGGACUAAGGCAGCUAGUAUCAUUGACAUUUCUUCAGACGAAGAAGUCCCGACUCCCACACCACCCAAGCCCGUCAAUCUACGAGAAUAUCUUAGAGCAAACCGGGCCAUCAGAGACGGGAUGGCCGUGAACAAGGAACAGCCAAAGCCUGAAAUGUAUGCUGGCAUUCGUUCACGUUCGCUCCACAUCCCUGGCCAAGAGGGUAAAAGAGAGGCGGAAAAGCAGUCGGAAGAUGAGAGGAGGAAGAAGUAUUUUGGAACCAACCAAGCAAGACCUUGGAAUAACCCUUGGAAACCCGUUGGGGAAUUAGCCCGUCUCGAGAGAGAUAGGUUGGAGAAAGAAGCGAAACUUGAGGAAGGCUCUUCCUCCAAGCCUUCGGCAAAACCAAAAGGGGCUCUGUCCGCCGAAGACUGGUUCCGCGACCCAGAUACCCCUGUUAAGGUUUUCCUGAGAAAGCUUAAGGAGCUGAAACAGGUCAAGAGCGAUGCUGCGGGAGUUGGCGCCAUAGAGACUCAGGCCGACGAAUGAAAUGGAAUCCUCUGCUGCCGAUUCCAAGUACCCUUAUCUUUUACCCCUUCGGGUGGGGGUACACAAAAAAGUUAUUUUUAUUUGUUUUACUAAAUCUCCUAUCUCGUCAUUCUCCAGACAGGUAUCUAGUCACGGGGUAUUUCUUCAUUUUUUCUUCGAUACGACUGAAGGGGGAUGGAGAUAUGAGAGGAAAUGGAGGAAGGGGCUUAUUUCGUGGCGUUGGGGGGAUCUGUUGCUUUGCAUUAGUUUUUUAUUUUUUAUUUCAUAUUAUCUAUCCCUGUUAUACUCCUUAUUCCAAUUUCUCCCCGCCGAUAGUGAUGAUGUGCUUAAGCAUCUUUCUCUCGCUUUUCUCAUUUUUCAUUUUAUUAACCUUUUACCACUUGCUGAUAUCGAUCGUUAUGGUCAUGUCUAUUCUGAAUGAGGAUAUUGUGCGCGCUCUGAUAUCGGGGAUACAGGGUUUUCUGUGAGAUAAUUGUAGUAGCUUCUUUACCGGCACUGAGAUGGAGUUGUGCGUGUAUGAUACUUAGGCUACAGCUUCGGCUGUAUAUUUUACAAAUAGGAAGGCCUGAUCAUGACCCCC